GGAUUUACAAAGAAAACUAUCUUCGUUUCUGUCACUCUGACAGAAGGACACAACAUCUAAAAAAAACUUCCUUCAAAAAAGAAAAUAUAUCCUAAAACAGAGCUCUCUUUUCGUUUUUUGAAAGAAACCACAUUUUUAGUUGUCUUCCUGUUUUAGACAACAUUUCCGCGUGUGGUUGCGAUUGUUCGGCGCGGUAAAAAAGCGUUCGGACGUGGUCGGAGCUUCUCUGCAUGGCGGUUUGCUUCCGAGGGAGUACGGCAAAGAUAUCUACCGUCGUUGCUCUUCUUCCCUCAUCCUGGAUGUUAAAUGGGGAGAUUGACAAAAGCUUUUCUGACCAUCUCUCUCCUUCUUCUUGUUUGUGUCUCCGUUGAGAUUAUCGCUCGUGACGGUGCCAAUGGCUUACGAUCCUCUAUUUCCGAGGAGGCUCACGGUGGCGAUGUGGCAGAGCAAACAUGGAUACAUUGUCGAAAAGGAGUUAAAGAUAAGAACAAAGAGUGUAUUGUCUACAUCUCUCGUGAAGCAGCAGCAGCCGCAGCAAAUGGGUACGUAAAACUAUCCGUCUUAACCGGAAGAAACAUUGGUUCGAGAGGAAAGACCGGUUAUCGGCAUUGGUUUGGACCUCUUCUUGAUUCUACUACAAGCUAUCCAAGAAGGAAGCUGAUCAGUAAGAAAAAGAAGUUCACAGUAUCUGCUCCAAACUUCGUGCUUGGUCCUGCACCAGGUCCUGCUCCAACCUCUCCAAGUUACGACCGUACACCAUCAACCUCUUCUUCUCAUUCGCCGGUUGAGUCACCCGAUGAAUCAAACUCUGCUCCGGUUAAGAGAAAACCGAGCGUUGUUGCUCCUAGUCAAAGUCCUCCUCCACAGGCGAAGAAAUAUGAUAUUUUGAUAGAGCUUAUCAUCGCUGUUGCUUCAACCGCUGUAUUAACCUUCGUUCUAGUUGCACUGCUGUUCUUGUGUUGCUUUAGACGCAACCGCGGUCCUAGAGAUGGACCAAGAGAUGAAGGACAGUUUCUACAUUUAGCUGCUUUAUCACCUGGAUCAAAUGAGACAUCUCCGGCCGUUGCAAACCCGAGCAGGAGAUUUUUCAGUGCUGUUUCCAAAAAGAAAUCGUUUCUUUCAAGAAUGUCUCUAAAGAGAAGUGGCCAUGAUCAGUUUCCAACAGCUCCAGCGUCAACAUCCUCUGGAAAUCAUCCUCCAUUAAAGCUUCCCCCGGGAAGAUCAGCAGCUCCUCCUCCUCCUGCAGAUCCAGCUCCACCACCUCCACAGCCGCCGCCACCUCCUCCUCCUAAAUCAAAGCCUCCUCCUCCACCACCUAAACGUGUUCGUCCUCCACCUGCACCACCUAAAGGGACUGCUCCAAAGCGCCAAGGUCACAGUUUAUCUGGAGAUGCUUCUGAUGUUGAUUCUGAGACUGGUGCUCCAAAGACAAAACUUAAACCGUUUUUCUGGGAUAAAAUGGCUAACCCUGAUCAGAAAAUGGUCUGGCAUGAGAUCAGCGCCGGCUCAUUCCAGUUCAACGAAGAGGCGAUGGAGUCACUGUUUGGUUACAAUGAUGGGAACAAAAACAAGAAUGGUCAAAGAGGAGAAUCAUCUAAAGACUCUGCUGUCCAGUAUAUACAGAUAAUUGAUCCAAGAAAAGCUCAAAACUUAUCUAUUCUUCUCCGAGCUUUGAAUGUAACAACAGAGGAAGUCGUCGAUGCCAUCAAAGAAGGUAAUGAGCUCCCGGUGGAGCUCCUCCAAACAUUGCUGAAGAUGGCUCCAACUACUGAAGAAGAACUCAAACUUAGACUAUACUCAGGAGAUGUUAACCUACUUGGCCCUGCAGAGCGAUUCUUGAAGAUUCUUGUUGAUAUACCUUUUGCAUUCAAACGUAUAGAGUCGCUUCUAUUCAUGAUCUCACUUCAAGAAGAAGUCUCUGGCAUCAAAGAAUCGCUCUCAACUCUAGAGGUGGCUUGCAAGAAACUGAGGAACAGCAGACUGUUCCUGAAACUACUAGAAGCAGUUCUCAAGACAGGAAAUCGAAUGAAUGUGGGAACAUUCCGCGGUGACGCACAAGCUUUUAAACUAGACACGCUCUUGAAACUCUCAGACGUCAAAGGAACAGAUGGCAAAACCACACUUUUAAACUUUGUUGUCCUUGAGAUCAUUCGUUCCGAAGGAGUUCGGGCUCUCCGCCUCCAAAGCAAAAGCUUCUCGAGCGUAAAGACAGAGGACAACAACAGCACAGACUCAAGUCCACAAUCGGUGGAGCGUUACCGAAGCACGGGACUCCAAGUGGUUUCGGGACUAACCACCGAGCUCGAAGAUGUCAAGAGAGCAGCAAUCAUAGAUGCUGACGAAUUAGCUGCGACGCUGACGAAUCUAAGCGGCUCGCUGACUAGUGCUAGGGAGUUUCUGAAGUCGAUGGAGGAAGAGAGCGACUUCGAGAAAGCUUUAGCUGGGUUUAUAGAGCGUGCGGAUGGUGAUAUUAAAUGGUUGAAGGAAGAAGAAAAGAGGAUCAUGGCGUUGGUUAAAAGCUCUGCCGAUUAUUUCCAUGGCAAGUCAGCUAAGAACGAAGGGUUGCGUUUGUUUGCUAUAGUGCGUGACUUCUUGGUCAUGUUGGAGAAAGUUUGUAGUCAAGUUAAGGAAACUACCACAACUACCAAGACAAGGAAUCAUUCGGGCAAGAAAGAAACUGAAGUGUUGCAACCGUCGACGGAUAACAUUCAACAGCGUUUGUUUCCGGCGAUAGCUGAACGGAGAGAUGACAGUUCCGAUGAUUCAGACGAUGAGUAGUUCUUCAUCUUCUUAGUUGUUUUCUCUUUAUCUUCCGGCUAAACUUGCUGUCCAAGUUUGUUAGCAAAAUAUUCAGACCAAACUGUAACAAUAUUAUUAUUAUAAUAUACUUUUAUGCAUCUAUUGUAUAUU